AUGAGCUCUCCCUUUCUGACUGAUUGUGCUGUGUCUGCAGCUUCAAGUUUCAGCACCACAAUAUGCCGUAUCUUUGAGCCGGUUUCACACAGCAGGAAAAAAGUCCUGCAGCAACAGGAAGUUUUUAAAGGAUCUCAAGUGUACAGAGCCAACAACCCCCAGUCCUGCCCUGACCUGUGUGACUGUCCUAUCCAGUGGCCCUCAGCUCUGUACUGUGACCACAGAGACCUUGGAGAGCUGCCGGACAGCAUGCUUUACAAUACACAAUACCUGUUCCUGCAGGGCAACAACAUCUCGUCCCUGCCCUCCUCCUCUCUCACCAACUCCUCAGGACUCCGCUGGCUCAUCCUGGAUGAUAACCGUCUGCAGACAGACGGGCUGCAGACCUCCACGCUGCAGAACCUGACCCAGCUCCAAUACCUGUUCCUCAACCACAAUAAGCUGACUGUCGUGCCCUCUGGCCUGCCCAGGAGCCUGCGGCAGCUCCGACUGGCACACAACCUCAUCACCAGCAUCUCCCCAGGAACCUUCGGGAACUUACAUAAUCUUGCAUUGCUGCUACUGCAGGGGAAUAGGUUGAACGUGAUUACAGAGACUGACUUCACAGGCCUGGUGUCUCUUAACCUGUUGAGCCUGAGCGGGAACCUCUUCUCCUCCUUCCCCUCCCACCUUCCUCCCUCCAUCCAGCAGCUCUACCUCUCCAACAACUCUCUGUCUGGCCUGGGGGAGGAAAGUCUACAGGGCUUCACUAAUCUCAGGUACCUGCGUCUGAGCCGCUGUGGUUUAGUGAGCCCUUCCCUCCACCCCCAAUCCUUCAACCUGUCUUCCCUUGUGGAGCUGGAUCUCUCUUACAACAAGCUGACAACCAUCCCCCUGGUUCCCCUCACACUACAGUACCUGUACUUGGAGGCCAACCACAUACAAGAGUUUAACAUCUCUAGUUUCUGUCGGGAGGUGGGUCCUCUGUCGUACUCCAGGAUGAGGAUCCUUCGUCUGGACGGCAACAAGAUGUCCUAUCAUCUACUACCACCUGAAUGGGUCUACUGCCUCCGAGUCCUGCACCACAUAUACAUCUAACCCUGACCUCGUACCUCUAACCCCCUGACCCUGCCACAACCUUGCUUUGAAGCUUACCUGGAAAGAUUCUGUCAAGAUUCCACAGGUCCGAACAUUCAGAAAUGAACACACAGACAUGCACACAAGUAUGUCCUUCAAACGCACAUCCUUCAAACACACAUCACUCAAGCCCACUCGGACGCACGUUUGGACACACACAAACACAAGCAAGCGCUUACAUGCUCUUCAGAACAGAUCUUCAAUACUCAAUACAUUAAUUUUUUUUGUUAUUUUUUUUAUCCUCCAGGAGUAGAGCUGAGGCUCAUUUAAUGUUGUUUUGCUAGUCUCACCGUAACCACUUCAUCCUGUAACACAGUCUGAUCAGUGUAUGAAGCACAUAGUCAUUCAAAUCAUCCACAAACAUCACCCACCAGGGCUUGUUAAUACGUCACAGUACUGUAGAGUCAACUUGGAGUUGAACUGAUCCAACACGCACAUUGUAUGCGUUUUGUUACUGUAAAGUUUUACAAUAUCGUCAAUGUUUUGCUAAAAGGUCAAAUGAUGUGCUUUAUCGGAUGUAUGACUGUAACGCAUUCUUUUUGCAUAUGAACAGAACAAUAAAAG